GCUGAUAAAAACGUACUCGAGUGUGAUACUGCUACUAAUCGAUGCAGUAAAAAUUUUAUUUUACUACUAUCCAGUUCAUCUAAAUCCCUAUAAACAUGAAGAAUCCGAGGGGGGCAUUAAAAAAAUGCUUUAAGAAGAACGCGUUAGUGUUAAUGACAAUAUGUGGUGUUAUAAUCGGUGUUUGUUUAGGGCUGUUUCUUCGAGACACAAAGCAAUGGACGGACCGAGACAGAAUGUAUAUAAGAUAUGUCGGAGAUAUCUUCCUGCAGAUGCUGAAGGGUCUCAUUCUCCCUUUAAUUGUUUCAUCCCUUGUGUCAGCUAUCUCCAAUUUAGAUCUAUCGCUAUCAGGUGGGUAGUAUUGCCAUUAGAGCCAUUGGCUAUUAUUUGACAACGACGUCGUUAGCAGUAAUAUUGGGGAUAAUCCUCGUAGUCACCAUCAAACCAGGAAUCGGCCAGACUAUGAACGAUGGAGGAACCUCAAAAGUACAGGAUGCUCUAACAGUUGAUAGUUUGCUUGAUUUAGGCAGGAGUUUGUUCCCUCCCAAUUUAGUAGACGCCUGUAUAUUCCAGUACCGCACCAGAUUAGUACCAAAUGCCAGUGAACCAGAUAAGUACAAGCUCGCUAUAGAAACGCAAAAAAUGGACGGAACAAACAUACUGGGUUUACUGGUAGCAUCAGUGGCUAUUGGCGUUGCCAUUUUACACCUGAAACAAGAAGCAGAGCCGGUUGCUGAUUUCUUUAGAGCACUUAUGGCAAUUGCGAUGAAAAUAACGACAUGGGUAGUUCGGCUUUCACCCAUUGGUGUGAUGUUUCUGGUAGCUCACGAAGUGAUUAAAAUGGAAGAUUUGGGAACAGUGAUUGGGUCACUGGGAAAAUAUUUCGGUACUGUUGUUGUUGGUUUAGCCAUCCACGGCUUUCUGGUAUUGCCAACUAUCUACUUCCUCCUAACGAGGAAGAACCCGUACACCUUCAUAGGGCAGAUGAGUGAAGCUAUCACAACGGCUUUUGGCACAGCAUCAAGCUCAGCAACAUUACCAGUGACAAUUCGAUGCCUGGAGGAUAACGUUGGUGUAGACAAGAGAAUCGCCAGGUUUGCGCUUCCUAUUGGUUCUGUCAUCAAUCUGGAUGGUACGGCACUCUAUGAAGCAGUUGCAGCUGUUUUUAUAGCGCAGAUGCGAGAUGUGGAUUUGAAUGUCGGAAAACUGAUAGUGAUCACUAUAACAGCUACAGCGGCUGCUAUCGGAGCUGCAGGAAUACCGCAGGCUGGAGCUGUAACUAUGAUAAUGAUCCUGAAUACUUUGGGUCUGCCAGCUACGGAUAUAUCCCUUAUUAUUGGUGUUGAUUGGCUUCUAGAUCGAUGUAGAACUGCUGUAAACGUAAUGGGAGACUCGUUCGGAGCUGCGAUCGUUGCUCAUCGAAGUCAAAAAGAGUUGGCUAGAACAACGGAAACAAGAAGAACGUCUCGAUCUAAUGCUAGGAAAAUAUCAGUGCUGGGACAGGCUCAGAUUUUUGUUGAUACGUAGAUUUAUUAUUAUUUAUUUAUUGUGCCUUAAUAGCUUAAUAAAUACUUUUGAUAUC